AUGGAGCCGGCAAGGAAACAAGGUGCACUAGCUGAGGGCUUCGAUCCGAGCCGAAUAGGUCCCGACGAUCUUGUUACAGGAUUGUCAACUGACGUUGAAUUUGAGGGCCGCAGUCCAGAAAUCGAAGAUUUUCAUCGCAUUAAAAAGUUAUUACAACAACUGUUCUUAACAGCCCCAGUAAACCUGACUGAUAUGACUUCGUUACUGCUUCAUCCGCCCAAAAUUGGCUCAGUUAUUAUAAAGGUAUAA